UUUUUUUUUUUUUUCCUUUUUUUUUUUCUCUUUUUUUUCGACCGCGCUUCUCUCAUCUCUCCCCUUCUCCCGGUCACCUCAUCCAACUGAGUGUGUCUCUUCUAGUUUCUUCCUUUCCUUUCUGCUGACUGUUCUUCUCUCUCUCGCUCUCUCUUCCAAGCCAAGAACCAACUUUUUUUUUUCUUUUUUUUUCACACAGUUGCAGCACUUUCGUCACAGUCUAAUCGAUCCGCACCUCGCUCUCCCACAUCAAGUCACAACUUCACCCCCGAUUGGUCCCGUUCUCGCUCCCAGUGUGCAGCACGUUUUUGCUCAGCGAAGGCGGGGAGAGCGGCAUGAGCGAUCGCGGGUUGCUCACUCAGACAGUCGCCAACUCAUUCGCGUCACCAGAGACGUCGUCGUCGCAGUCGCCGUCGCAGUCACACUCGCAGUCGUCGCCCGCCCCGCACGACAGCAGCAGCAGCACCAGCAGCACCAGCAGUGGACCUGCAUGGACAAAGACAGCAGCACCACAGCAAUACAAUCCAUUCAUGCAGAGUCAGGGAGCUUCUUCUCCGACAGCAGCAACCGCCAACAAUCUGAGCGCCAGCAGCAGCGCGGAUCGCUCGUCCUCGCGAGGGCCCAGCUCGGGCGCUGUCAGCAGUAGUGCCAGUCAGUCCUCGAGCGGCCCUGCCGGCCCAGUGAUGCCUGCGUCCUUCUACACUCCGCCGGGCGCGGCCAAACGGGCAAUGCUUCCUUCCUCUUCUGCGGGCGGUUCGUCUUCUGCGUCCAAGGCCGCGCCGUCGCCACCCGGGUUUACGUUCCCGGGGUCAUCUGCUGUUCCAAUGCACAUGCAUACGUCGCCUCCUUCUGGGCCUGCGCUGUACGCGGGCGCGGGGCAGCAGCAGCAGCAGCAACAGAUUGCUCGGGUCGCUCCAUAUCAAGAAGGCAGCAAUCUGCCCGUGAUGUCGUCGCACAGUCACCAUCACCCAUCCAUGCCGAUGGCGGUCGCAUCUCCUCAACAGCAGCAACAGCAACAGCAGCAGCAGCAGCAACACAUGCCUGUUGGUCCGGCUGCGUCGCCGUGGACGCCAGUCACGCCAGGCGGAAGACGGGAGCGCAAACGGAAGAUUCGUCGAAAUCUGCCCAAGAAAUCACGCUCGGCGUUUCUCUUUUACGCCAGCGACCACCGACGAGCUGUGAUUACAGCGCACCCAACUGCGACGUUUGCAGAGAUUGGCAAGCUCCUGUCUGCCAGCUGGAAGCAGUUGACGGACGAGGACAAGGCAAAGUACAACCGGCUCGCCGACGAUGACAAGCGACGGUACCAGGUCCAAAAGCAAGCCAUCAACUCGCAGGUGCAGCAGGAGGAGGAGAUGCGGCUGGCCCAGGGUGCCAGUCCAGACAGCCGCCAUUUGCUCGGAAAAUCGCCCUCGAAUCGCCGCGCCAUGGCCGGGGAUGACGGCACACACUUCCGCCAGCAGCAAGCACAGCAUGGCAACGGCAGCGUUCGCAAAUCAAGUCGGCCUCCGCGCCCAAAGGCUCCACUGGACGCCGCCACGCCGUUUGGCGCAAUCCACCGCGAGAAGCGUGCUGGCGGACACGGCAAAAGCCGCAACGCGGGUCGACGCUAUCAGUAUGAAGAGGACAGCGAUGCCGAACCUCUCGAAGACGACGAGGACGACGACGGAGACGGGGACGACGAUUCGACUUUGCCCAGCGCUCGGGGCCGCCGUCCACACGGUGGCUUUCACAACCACGCCGACAGCGACAGCAACAACAACCACCACCACCACAACAACAACAACAACAACAACAACAACAAUUACGUCGACGACGACGAUGACGACGAGGAUGACGAGGAUGAUGAGGCUAGUGACGAUAAUGGCGACGAUGAGGACGAAGAGGGUGGUGCUGAAGGCGACAACACCCACGCUCGUGGCGGCAACAAGCGCAGUGGAUUGAAACACGCGCGGGCGGCAAACGGCACGCGAGGCACCAACGGCUCAAGCAGACACUCAACUGGGCCUCGAGGUCACACCAGCAACGGCGCAUUGGCUAUGGACGUCCUUCCGCGACACAACACGCGACGGGCGGCAUCACGGCGUAUGCAAGAGCUAGACAGCGAGUCGAAUACCGACAACGAGGACGACGAGGAGGACGAGGACGGCGACGAGGACAGCGACGGCAGCCAGGACUCGGACGACUCGGACGGUCUCUUCCCGUGUGGUCAGUGCAAUGAGCUUGUGACAGACGACCACGAUGGGAUUUACUGCGAAGGGCCAUGUCACCGGUGGUACCAUCGACAGUGCAGCCGGCUCACCGUCCAAGCCUACAAGCUUCUGAUGCGCGAAAAGCGGGCUCAGUGGGUGUGCGAUUACUGCGCAGGCGAACUCUGCCACCCGCAAGAGUACGCAGCGUAUAUCGCCAAGGUGGAAUCGCAGUAGACGAUUUGGUUUUUUUUUCAGUUUCGGUUUUAGUUUCUAUGCUUUUGCUUUUUUUUCCUUUUUUUGUUUGCCGAACGCAAAAGGGGAUUUGCUCUUUGUUUGUUCGGUCUGUCCCAGUUCGCUGUAUCUUUUUUUGUAUCUUUGACCCAGGAAACAACAAAAAUUCUGGUAUCUACUUGGAUUUGAGAUGGUAGAUUUGUAGUGUUAUCAUUUUUUUUUCUCUCUCUCUCUCUCUCUCUCUCUUUUUAACAUUUCAAUGUGUUACAUAAAAUCAUCCUCUGCUUCACGAACACUCUUCUUGACGUC